GAAGUUGGCUGGCUCUCAAGGCAGAGUCUCUUCUCAAAGGCUGUUUCACAGUGAAAAUAUGCUCAGUGCAGCCGAGUGCAUGAAUGAAAAAGCCUCCGGUACCUUCUAGUCUGGCAAAAUGCAGCACAAAACUCAACUUACUCUGUCCUUUCUACUGUCCCAGGUUCUGCUGCUUACGUUUGCAGAAGAUUUAGAAUGUGUCCCUGGAUUCCAGCAAAAGGUUUUUCAUAUUGAACAGCCAUCUGAAUUCACAGAAGAUCAACCAAUUCUGAACUUGGCGUUUGAUGACUGCAAGGGAAAUGACAAAUUGAACUUCAAAGUUUCUAACCCAGACUUCAAGGUGGAACCUGAUGGGUCUUUAGUGGCUCGGAAAAAUGUAACAGAAGCUGGUCGAGCAUUGUUCAUCCACGCACGGUCUUCUCAGACUGAAGAUAUGGCAGAAAUUGUGAUUCUUGGAGGGAAGGAGAAGCACGGCUCUUUAAAGGAAAUCUUUAAAAUUGAAGGCAACCUUGGAAUUCUAAGGCAAAAGAGAGCUAUUUUGCUGUCUCCAAUAUUAAUUCCAGAAAAUCAGAGGCCACCAUUCCCCAGGGUUGUUGGCAAGGUUAUCAACAGCGAUAGACCGGAGGGAUCAAAGUUUCGAAUCUCUGGGAAGGGAGUUGAUCAAGACCCAAAAGGAGCUUUCAAAAUUAAUGAGAACACUGGGGAAGUCUUAGUGACACGGGGCCUUGAUAGAGAAGCAAUUGCCAAUUACGAACUGCAAGUUGAGAUCAUGGACGCAACCGGGAAAAGUAUCGAAACCCCUGUCCCUCUGGAUAUCAUAAUCAUCGAUCAGAAUGACAACAGGCCCAUCUUCAGGGAAGGACCGUACAUUGGACAUGUCAUGGAAGGAUCACCUACAGGAACUAUCGUCAUGCGCAUGACAGCCUUCGAUGCUGAUGACCCUUCCACAGAUAAUGCUCUGUUGAGGUAUAAUAUCCUUAAACAGACCCCUGACAAGCCUUCUCCAAACAUGUUCUACAUUGAUCCAGAGAAAGGAGACAUUGUGACGGUGGUUUCACCUACAUUGCUGGACCGUGAGACUAUGGACAGUACAAAGUAUGAGCUGAUUAUAGAAGCUAAGGACAUGGCUGGUCUUGAUGUGGGAUUAACCGGCACAGCGACUGCUACCAUUCUUAUUGAUGACAAAAAUGAUUACGCCCCCGAAUUCACCAAGAAAGAGUUCCAAGCUACGGUAAAGGAAGGUGUUACAGGAGUGAUUGUGAAUGUAACUGUUCAGGAUGAGGAUGAUCCAGCAACAGGGGCCUGGAGAGCUGUUUAUACCAUUAUCAAUGGAAACCCAGGGCAGAGUUUUGAAAUCCAUACCAAUCCACAGACUAAUGAGGGAAUGCUCUCUGUUGUCAAACCUUUAGACUAUGAGAUCUCAGCAUUUCACACGCUGCUGAUCAAAGUAGAAAAUGAAGACCCACUCGUUCCAGACAUAGCCUAUGGCCCCAGUUCCACAGCUACAGUUCAGAUCACUGUUGAAGACGUAAAUGAAGGCCCCGUUUUCCACCCAAACCCAAUGACAGUGACCAAACAAGAAAACAUCCCCAUUGGCAGCGUUGUACUAACAGUGAACGCCACAGAUCCAGAUACCUUGCAGCAUCAAACUAUUAGGUAUUCUGUUUACAAGGAUCCAGCAGGUUGGCUGGAAAUUAACCCUACAAAUGGUACCAUUGGCACCACUGCCAUCCUGGAUCGUGAAUCAUCAUAUGUCACAAACAACAUCUAUACUGCAGAGUUUCUGGCAAUAGACAGCGGCAACCCUCCUGCGACUGGUACAGGGACUCUGCAGAUUACCCUGGAAGAUGUCAAUGACAAUGCCCCGUACAUUAAGCCAACUCUGGCAAAAGUCUGUGAUGAUGCAAAGGAUCUCAGGGUAGUGGUUUUGGAAGCAAAAGAUGAUGACCUGCACCCUAAUACAGAUCCAUUCAAAUUUGAACUGAGCAAACAGGCUGUCCCAGAUAAAGUGUGGAAAAUCACCAAGAUUAACAACACUCAUGCCCAGGUCAGCCUGCUUCAAAACCUGAAAAAGGCCAAUUACAACAUCCCCAUCUUGGUGACAGAUUCUGGAAAACCACCUCUGACUAAUAAUACAGAACUGAAAGUACAAGUGUGUUCCUGCAAGAAAUCCAAAAUGGACUGCAGUGCAGCCGAUGCCCUUCACAUCAGCAUGACCCUAAUCCUCUUUUCAAUCUUCAGUUUAUUUUGUCUGUAAGAACUCCUGACAUUUGAAGCUGUCCUACCGAGUUGCCGUGGCAACAAGAAAAGGAAAGCGUCAGAUCCGAAGAUUGCAGUUUACAGUUACUGUUCUUCACUACUAGGCCUCAGUUGCUCCAGAUUCAGUUUAAUUUGCCACCUCACUUAGUCUGCCCGACUGUACGUCAGUGUUUGACAGCCUCUGCCCUUACAUUCGUUUAUUAAUGGAUUCCUCUUGCGAGAUGCAAGGUUUAUGAGAAUUUUCACUGAAUGUUAAAAGACCAUAAUAUCUAAACUUGACCUUCUCGGAGCAGAAUACCGAAUGACUCCAUUUUUUUUCUAUCUGUUGACUUGUUGCUAUUCAGCUGUUCAAAAAAUAUUUUGUCUGUGGGUUAGUAUUUGUAUAUGUAUGAGUGUAUGUAUAUAUAUAUAUUUAUAGAGAGAGAGAAGAGAUAUACAAUAGGUUUAGCUUUUAUAUGACAUCCAUCUGAAGUUUUAAGAGGGCAAGGAUAGAGCAACGCAGGCACAGAUGAGUGAUGCUAACCAUCCUGUUCUAGCUAAACCCAUUGAAUGUGCUGUUUAUACAAUGGUGCGACAAAAAGGAGAGAACCUACUGCAACUGUAUUGUUAAAAGAGCCCGCUUGAGUGGCACCAAAUAAAGUCUAUCGAGCGCUCCACAAUGUCACUUCUUGUACUUCAGGUUCUGCAAAGAAGAGGUGCAGAUUCCCAUGUCUGCAUUUCUGAUGGAGAUUUCUUUCCUUUAGCCCCAGGUGGAACUGAUGAUACAACCCCAGCAUCUCUUCCCUCCGGGCCCCAGUGGCAACAGGGCUGGAAGAUCAGGGAGGCUCUCACUGAUAAGAGCAUAAAGCAGUCAGCUGGUGCUAACCUAUUAUGGGUCAAAGAAUAUCAGGGCACUGAUUGUAGAGGAGCCUUAAACCAGGCAUUUUCUACUCCUGUAGAUAAAUACUUGAUGGCCCAGUUGAGGAAAUGUAAAAAGCUCGUGCCAGCGCUGCGGGGGCAAUCAGGCCGGUAGAUGUCUACAUGUCAGAAGGACUGAGCAUAACGAGUAAUGGCAUUGCUCAGAAGCCCUGAUCCACCCUCUUCCAGCUCCCCGACCACAGAGGUCCGUUCUCUCUCAAACUCCAUGCAGCUCCCAGAGCGGAAAAUAGAUCCCUUAUCAUAUAAAUGUGUUCAUAUAUAUAGUUUGGUUUGAAUAUAUGUGUAUAUAUAUAUAUAAAAAAUAUAUAUAUAUACACACAUAUAUAUAUACACACAUACAUACACGUGUACACGCACACACACACCAUUUCCAAAUAAAAGUAACACGAGCAUUUCUUCGUGUGUGUGAAAUGAACCACGCUCAUUUGCAAACGUGGAAAAUCGAGGGCGUUCAUUAUAUAUGAAUAGGAAUCCUUUUUUUUUUUUUUUUUUUUUUAAUUCUGUGAGCAUGUAAGGUAAAAGAAAACUCCUAACUGUAUCAAGACAACCAUCCUGUUAAUAAAUUGUAAAUGAUCCAUCAGAGCUCACACCAAAUUUUUAUAAAAUUAACACACAAAAAAAGAAGAAAAAAAAAAGAAAAAAAAAGAAAAAAAUACUAGUGACAGACUGUGGCUUUUACUAGAGCUUGCCAGUAACUAGGGUAAAGUAAGUGUCUUAGAAUAUUUUAAUAAACUUGCUUAUUUAAAGUUUAAACAAACAACAAAAAAAGGCUUUCUUAUGCAAUAGAACUUUGCAGCUGCAUUCUUUAGUUAGCAUUUUUACAGUACCUAUGGGGCAUACUGUAUGUUGUCUUUACUACAGCAAAAUUAUAAGCAUACCUUCCACAUCAUGUAUAUGUUUCAGUAGUAAAGCUUUUUGGAAGCAUAAAAAAAAAUAAAAUAAAACCCAGCUCCAAACAUCCAUUUAGUUUCUCAUGAUGUCACACUAGAUAUUAAAUGUGUCUUGGUGGUUAAAAAAAAUUGCUGUAUAAUAGCUUUUUCUCUGACUUCCUGUAUUGUACCAAAUAUGACAAGAACCAGUUUUAGGGGUUUUUUGAUCUAAAAUGUUAAUAAUAACCGUGGCAGCAGUAAAGUUAGUGUGUGUUGUGGACUGUCCAAAUUUGGUAGGCCUCUUGAUAAGACAGAAUCUGCCUCCAUGCAAGAACCUAUUUUGCUUGCAGUCCUGACCCAAGGAGACCUCCCAUUGACCUUGCUCCUCUCACAGCGCACUUAGAUGUUUAAAUUACCCAAGUGGUACCUGGAGGUUAUUUGGAGUAUCUGCUGGCUAAGGACUUGGGAUCAGGCUGGUCGGCAGCUACAGGCAAUUAAGGAGGAAGUGCCUGAUCUCGAGUAUUACUCCUUCAUUAACAUGGGCAUGCUUUCAUUCCACAGCUUCUCUCCCUGCCACUGCAUUAGGCCAAUGCUGCUACUUUAUUGUCACAUACAAAACAAGCAUUAAUGCAAAGUCAAACUAACGAACAAAAAUUAAUGUUAUUUAUCAGUAGACGAUGUUUCCCUGUGGGGAACUACAUCCUGUGCCCUGGUUGCCCAAAAUCCAACCUGUAUGUGAUAAUGAUGGCACAGAAAAAAAUAUUCUUUUCUAAUGGCAUUCUCCCUGCCUUGCCAAAAGAGAGACUACAAGUGACUUCAAUGUGCUAGUGAGAAUCCCUGCUGCUUCUCCAGACCAAGGGUCUAACCACCCAUUUUGCAUCUUCUUAAUGAGACUCCAGAUCAGAAGUGAAAGACAUCCCGUCUGUCUGGAGUUCCCUCCUACUGGCUUGCUAUACAGUGAGAGAUCCUAUGCAAAUAAUAUUGUAGCCUUUCACCUAAAUGAGGGGUGGGUAUCAAUGCAGAUAUUUUCUCAGUGAAAGCUCAGGAUCACAGAGGCACCAAUGUUUUCACUCCCCAUUACACCUUUCUCAUUUUCACCACCUAAACUGAUGGUAUUUUUUGCAAACUGCUCGUCCAGGCUUUCAUAUUCACGUGCCUGUUGGGUUCAGCCCAGAUUAGACUCUGAACAUCAUAAACAGACCAAAAAAAAACCCCCAAAAGAGAUGAAGCGCUCAUGUUAAUGUUCCUCCCUCUCUUUCCCCCCACUUAUAAUGGGUUCUUGGAAGAGGCCCUUUCUUAAAUAUGUGACAUCUGACAGCCUUAUUUAAAGAGGUGCUCCAUUAGACUCUAUGGGACUGCUUAUAUGAAGAAGGCCCUUAAAAAAUGUCAUCUCCUGAAACCCAGGAAAUAAAGAAUUUGUAAGCAUUUCACAAUACCAUGUAAAAGCAGGAAAGAUUAAACAUUUAUACUUUUCUUUUUUUUUUAUGACAGAUUAAGUUUAAAAUGUGUUUAGACAUAGCAUGCUUAUUUUAUAUCCUAGCAGUUAUCAGUUAUUUUAACCUAUUUUAGUUGCUACAUUUAUUUCAGUCUAAGUGUGUAUGCUUAUAUAUAUAUAUAUAUAUAUAUAUAUAUAUAUAUAUAUAUAUAUGCAUACAAAUAUAUGUGUGUAUGUGUAUAUACAUACAUAUAGAAAAUUUUGUAUAUGCAACAUUUUUUCGCAUUUAGAAAGGCACUAAAUUGAAUCAUUUUCACUUUGACACACGCAGAAACCCACACCAAUACAAAUCAUUUCGUUUCAAGACCAGUAUUUUCUGGUACAACACAAAUCUAGUCAAACAGUUAUUAAGUUAAUCAAAGACUGGUGUUUAUUAGCAGGGUAAAUGUGUCAUAUUCAGUGUGCUUGCUAACUGAAGCACUGUCAGUACGCCUCGUGAGUGUGCUUGUAUUAUGCCUAUGUGCAUAUAUUAAUGUACAUUUUGUUCAGUAACUGCAAGUCUGAAAGAUUAAAACAAAAGGAGGAAAUCAGCUGAAUUUCUUAGUGGGUGUCAAGUAAGAUUUAGAUGACAGUGGAACAAUGUCUGGGUAAUAUGCCUGCUGAGCUAUAUUCUCAUCUCAUUUACACUGGUAUAAAUCAAGAGGAACUCUGUUAACUAGAGUUAUUCAGGGUUUAAACAGGCAUCAUUUAGAUGAGAAUCUGGCCCACUGUCUGAAGACGCUAUAACUUGGGAUGUUUUAUUUUAUUUCCCGAUGCUUUGAUCCCUCUGCCCUGAAUACUGAAGUAACGUAAUUUGCCACAGGACCAAGGGAAAUUAUCUAUUACUUUAGGUCUCUCUUAAACUUAGUGAAACCAACACUCUGGACUACCUCCAGUAAAUGAUUCACUUCCUUCACUGACCACUUUAAAGUAUCCCAAAGGUCCCCAGCAUAAUUUUGUUUAACCUUUAUUUAAAAUAGCCAUGCCUUGUAGUCAAAUAAUUUUUCCCGGUCUCUUGGGUAGUCAUUUAAGCUAGGGACUGCUAUAACCCAAACCUCAUUUAUUAAAUUACGGAUUUCCCAUCAGUUCACAGAUGACCUAGUUUAAAUGUUGUAUUUUAUUGCUAGAGAGACAUAAGUGAGUACUUAUGUGUUAGUUAUGCUUCUAACACUUUCUUUUACAUCACUUAUUUGCACCAAGACAACAUGGUGAUAGAGGUCUUCUCCCCUUUCUUGCUGCCAAAAAAACCUAGCCAUCUGAUCACACAGCGGAGUUUUGUGCACAGAUCUUCUCGUAUUGUUGUUGGUCUGGAAACCAAUUUUUUUUGAUGGAUUUUGUUUCAUUAAACAAAAUGAGCAAAGAUGAAUGACAACAAAAAAGUAUACCAGUAUAGGAACAACAGGUCUAAGGAACAAGACGUGAUUAUAACGUCCCUUUCCCAGAUCUGCAAAACCUGUAAUUGUCCAAGAAGCACAUUUCCCAAAGAUGCUUAAAAAAUGAUUUUCACCCAUUGAGCUCCCUGUGAUCUGUAAUCCUUGACGUUCCCAUGCAAAUACAUUCAGACGACAAAACGAUAUCCCGUGCCAAUACAGAUGACUAUUUUACUACGUACAACUUCUAGCCCAUUGCUGUUUCUAUUUUAGCUAGGAUGACAGCUAACUUUUUAAUGUCCAGAUGAAAGAAAUACACACACACACACACACACACACACACACACACAUUCUCAGUGAAAGUUACUAAUUGCACAAUUGCUAUGUGUGUGUAUAUAUGUAGAUAUAUAGAGAUAUACACAUACAUAUAGAUAGAUAGAGAUAUAUAUAUUGUAUAUGCAGAUGGAAAGAGAGACUAUACAGCAUGAGGACUUGGAAUAAGCAGCUAAAUUCUAUGAAUUAUGGAAGAAUACCCAGCUGAAGGCAGGUCACAGUUAUCUAUGGUCAAAACAAACUGGCAAAAAUAAAUGGCUUAUUCCCACCUCUUAUGUUAUAUUAAUGCUGCAGUUGGCUCUCUCUCUUUACUCUGAUUUAUACCAUUUGAAUAUAUGUGUAAUUAUUUACUGACUCAUUUUGUUUCCGUUGCCUAUGUAUCAGCAGGUCAGCAAAAGUGAAAGAGGGGAAUACAGAAAGAAACUUGCAUUUCUUUGAUGACAGCCAGAUGGUUAUAAGGAAGAGUUAUAGCCCUUGGCUCUAAGUUCUCCUCUGCAUCGAUAAGCGAUUGCAUUUGAUCUGAGGCUAAAUGAAUGUAGUCUAAAGAUGGAGCGUGUGUAUGCGUGCACUCUGCCCGGGAAGUGAGACUGUAAUAUGAAAGUGUGGAUGGCGGAUGGUGAUGGUGAAUUCAAUGCAGACGUGCUGUUUUGUUAUUAAACUUUCACAUUAAAUCUUCCUGUUUAAAAAACAAAAACAAAAUCAGAUUUGCCCCACAAUGAACUCUGUCUCCUCAAAUCAUCACCAGGAUUUUUUAAGAUUACUUUUUUCUUUUUGUAAAAGUUUAAGCAAGAGGGGAAAAAAGUUUAUUUUUUUUAUCAUUAUUAUUUUGUUGGUUUCAUUUCCAAGGUAUUUUGUUCAGCUACUUUUUCAAUUAAUUGUUCCUUUGGGCCCUAGUUGCUGAAUUGCUUGCUGUUUCUGAGGUGUAAAUAAACGUUUUGAUUUAUGAUGUGGUUGCAAAGAAACUUGUAAUUUAUUUGUGAAAUGCUCAAAUAAAGGAUGUCUGGGCUUUUA